UUCAGGACUUGCUGAGCAUCCAGAAGCUGAAGGCUCUCCUGCUGUUCUCCCCAGAACAAAGUGAGGCUGCUGGAAACUUGCAGACAGUCAUUGACAGGAUCGUCAGCCUACCAGCAGACGUCACUGAUGAUCACCGCAAUGCAUCAUGGGACGGGCAGCUGUGUAGUAUAAGGGAAGACAACUGCUUGGUGUCCAGCUGGCAGACGCUGGUGUCUAAUCUUCCUGUGUUCGCCACGGCCCUGUCAACUGAACACUGUGAGAAGAUAGCCCAGUUUAUGGUGGCCACAGCCGUAGACCAGGACAAGACAAGCGGCCUGAAUUUAGCCUCUCUCACCAAUAAUCUCCUUGUGGCACCAGUUACUAUGGAAACAAGGAGAUUGCAGUGUUGUAUCAUAGCAUCACUGUGGCCACAACUUACACCAAGUCAAGGUUCUGGGAAAAGUCCAAAGAAAAAGAGAAAGCUGUCUCCUGGAGUAACCAUGGUGAUUGAGGGCCUCUCAGAGCUCGGUGCCAUGAAGCCUGAUGCUCCACAGAAAGCAGACAGUGAUUACCUGACUGAGUUGAAAGGAGUUGCCUCCCUUGUGACGAAGGCCUUGUCCAUCACAGAAGACCCCCUUGACCUUCAGCCUCAACAGAUGCAGCUUCUGAAGAUCCUUGAGAAGUUGCCUCUGGAGUUCCUGUCUCCGUCGGACAGAGUCCGCUGCUUCUGUGGCCUGACGCUGCUGGCAUCCUGCACUGCAAACAACUCCACCAUCAUCCACCUGCUCACCACCCUCCUCGACUGCGUGGGGCCCAUGCCUGUGUUCCAGAUCGUCAGUGCAGACGUCUUCCUGUCAUGGUUGACCACACUUUGUAGUGACACACAGUCCACGAGUUCUCCUGCACAGACACUGGUUGACAAGACGUGUCAGGUGCUGGUGAGGGACUUCCUCGUCAUCACCAACAUGGAGGCAUACAUCACAAAGCUGUGUGCUGACCUGAAGCUGUGCUGUGGCCACCUCCAACACAAGAAGAUCCAGAAGGCCUCGGACCUUGAGAAGGCCAAGUUCAUACUUGCCUCAGCCCUACUGAAACAUGUCACUAUGCAAUUGCAGAAACAAAACCUGCCAUCAGCAAUCCGUGACUGCUACAGGGGUGUCUUUGUGAAGUUGUCGUCCGUCGUCAGCACCAUCGUCAGUACCCUCAGAACUGUGCCAAGCAAGAAGACAGUUGUCUCCCCUUCCUCCUAUUUGAUCAGCUGCUUCAGAUUUGUAGUCAACCAAUCAUGCGUGGACUUUGGAAAGGAGGUUAAGAGGAAAGAGAAAGAAGGGGUUGCUAUGGAGAUUGAUGGUGAAGACGCAAAGCCCGCGGGAGAUGUUGAAACAGUGUCUAUGGACGAGAAUCUCACUCGUAACACGGAGUUCGUCAUGAAGAGAUUGACAGACGACAUUGGGCAAGGGAAUGGGUGUGACCUGUCUUCGCUGGAGUUUAUCCAGACGGCAUGCAGCCAUCACCAACACAUCAAGUCCGUCUUGACGCCUGCUGCUGUACAUACACUGUACGAGGUGCUCAUGUCUGCUGUCACCAGGUCACAUGACCAACAUAAACUGAUGAUGUCAUCAAAACCUGUGCACGAAGCUGACUUGUACAAAAGUGUGAAGUCACUCCUUGAUGGGCAUGUAUCAACACGGAAAAGCCCAUCCCCUGGUAACGCUGACCUGGAACAGCAAGAUGGCUCGAGUCAGCGUCACAGUUUAAUGUCUGCCCUCCAAGAUACACUGGCUUCAGUUAUUACUUCCUGUGACCUUGACCUCUUCAAGACAAUUUUGGCGAACCUGGUGGACUCUACAUGUCCAAGCCUGCUGUGGACCCAGGCAGACAAGAUGCUGGCAGCCAUGACAGUUUGGGAAAAGCUCCUUGCAGGGCACUUAACUGAAGAGCAGAGUGUGGAGGUUACAGUAGCUGCUCAACAUAUACUGAUGAACUAUCAGAGCAGCCUAGAACAGCUCCACGGUCUGCCCGUCGACUCCGCCCUACGCCAGGCUCUGCCGAUACUCCGCUCACAGACGGCCAUGUUGAACUAUGGAUAUACAUUGGUACCCCGCCAGACCUCCGUUCUCUGUCUCCAUGGUUGUCGUGUCGUACCACUAGAGGGCAGCACCUACAGCUCCUACAUCCCAGCAUGCACUGCUGUACAGGAAGUGUUGAGUGCACUCAUCAUACACCACCCUAACGCUGUCCUGUCCGUCAUCCCCAGCUACGUCGCCAACAUCAGACAUCUGCUGGUGUCUGUCAUACAACAUGGCUGCCAGGACAGGCUAGCUCCAGAUCCUCAGUUCGUGGAUGGCAUGGUCCACUGUGCUAACCAACUGACCAGACUGCUGAGCCUGCUGCAGCCGGUCAAGGUCGAGUUCAGCAAGGUGGCCGUGUACCUGCUGUCCGACUACGCCUGUGAGGUUCAGAAGGUUACUCUGCUCCCAGCGGUCAAGAAAGCCCUCCUGCCUGGUAUCUACAUCCUGCUGGACAUCGCUGACCGCUUCCAGAUAGCGCAGCUGCUGGCCGUCCUCCCAGAUGGGACGAAGGACGUGUUUAAACUCAUGUACGCGGAGUACACCAAGUACCACAAGUACACAGAGAGAGUGUGAACAACGUCCUCCCACAAAGGACGUGUUUAAACUCAUGUACGCGGAGUACACCAAGUACCACAAGUACACAGAGAGAGUGUGAACAACGUCCUCCCACGAAGGACGUGUUUAAACUCGUAUAUGCAGAGUACACCAAGUACCACAAGUACACAGAGAGAGUGUGAACAACGUCCUCCUACGAAGGACGUGUUUAAACUCAUGUACGCGGAGUACACCAAGUACCACAAGUAGACAGAGAGAGUGUGAACAACUUCCUCCUACGAAGGACGUGUUUAAACUCAUGUACGCGGAGUACACCAAGUAUCACAAGUACACAGGGAGAGUGUGAACGUCCUCCCACAAUAGACGUGUUUAAACUCAUGUACGCGGAGUACACCAAGUAUCACAAGUACACAGAGAGAGUGUGAACAACGUCCUCCCACGAAGGACGUGUUUAAACUCAUGUACGCGGAGUACACCAAGUACCACAAGUACACAGAGAGAGUGUGAACAACGUCCUCCCACGAAGGACGUGUUUAAACUCAUGUACGCGGAGUACACCAAGUACCACAAGUACACACAGAGAGUGUGAACAACGUCCUCCCACGAAGGACGUGUUUAAACUCAUGUACGCGGAGUACACCAAGUACCACAAGUACACAGAGAGAGUGUGAACAACGUCCUCCCACGAAGGACGUGUUUAAACUCAUGUACGCGGAGUACACCAAGUAUCACAAGUACACAGGGAGAGUGUGAACAACGUCCUCCCACAAAGGACGUGUUUAAACUCAUGUACGCGGAGUACCACAAGUACACAGGGAGAGUGUGAACGUCCUCCCACGAAGGACGU